CCCUAUUCUUCAUUGCAGUUUUUACUUGGACAUGGAACGCUACGCGAAUUCUUUGAAAUGUUUAUCACGCGUGUAUUAAUGAAUAAUUAGCGAAUAAAACACACACACGAAACAAAAAAACCUAUGACGACAUAGUGACAAAGUGUAAUAGUCAACAACACCGCGACCAAUUGUUGACUGUAUUACGCGCGGGGUAUGCUGACUCAAUCACAACGAACGAGCGACAAAGGCAGCAGCAGCAGUAGAAGUAGAAGAUACGACGGUGACGACGGGGAUACGACGAGAUAAAGUCCGGCAGAGGCUUUUUCGCAAAAUUUUUAAUAUUUCUGUGCCACUCAACAACAACAAGCGAAGCUGACAACAACAGCAGCAACGACAAAUGCAUACCAAUUAAACCGCAACGACACACACACACACACCUUACACGCACACAAACACAAGCACCCACAGGGCGCAGACAGCACCCAACACCCACACACACACGCCCGCAAAACACAAACGCACACACACUCGCGGAAUGUCACAUUUACCAUUGCCGCUGUAUGGCUUCGCAGCAUUUUUUAUGAUUUUCUGGUUCGGCACUUGGUGUGUUCAUCUGAUCGCGAUCUGCUAUGGCAAAUACAAGCUGCACAAGAAGUCAUGCAAGCUGCCCACAGAAUCAUCCCCACUGCCGGGUGUCUCGAUACUGAAGCCAUUGAUGGGCGUGGAUCCCAAUUUGCAGCAUAAUCUGGAGACGUUCUUCACCAUGGAUUAUCCGCUGUACGAACUGCUCUUUUGCGUCGAGGAUAAACAUGAUCCGGCCAUUAAGCUGGUAGAACAGCUGCUGGACAAAUACCCGCAGAUCGAUGCCCAGCUCUUUGUUGGCGGCUCCGAUGUGGGCGUGAAUCCCAAGAUCAAUAACAUACAUCCCGGCUAUAUGGCGGCCAAGUAUGAUUUUGUCAUGAUCUCGGACAGUGGCAUCAAGAUGAAGGACGACACGUUGCUCGACAUGGUGCAGAAUAUGUCGGAGCGACAUGCUCUAGUUCACCAGAUGCCGUUUACCUGCGAUCGCGAUGGAUUUGCGGCCACCUUCGAGAAGGUUUUCUUCGGCACGGUUCAGUCAAGGAUUUAUCUCUCGGCCGAUGCAUUGGGCAUUAAUUGCCACACGGGGAUGUCGUGUCUGCUACGCAAAGCGGUCAUCGAUCAGCUGGGAGGAUUACGCGCUUUUGGCUGCUACUUGGCCGAGGACUUCUUCAUUGCCAAACGCGUCACAGAAUUGGGCUGGAACAUGCGCAUCUCCAAUCAGCCGGCACUGCAGAACAGCGGACUCUGCGACAUUGGCAGUUUUCAGGCUCGCCUCAUCCGAUGGGCCAAGCUCAGGGUGGCGAUGGUGCCGACAACGAUACUCCUGGAACCCCUCUCGGAGUGCCUGGUGCUAGGUGCACUGGCUGCCUGCUCGGCAUCGCUGCUGUUCGCCUGGGAUCCAUUGGUGUUUUACCUGGUGCACAUCCUCGGCUGGUUCCUCUCCGACUGGCUGCUGCUGUCGAUAGUGCAGCAUGGUUCGAUGCCGUUCCACAAGUUCGAGUUCGUCAUCGGCUGGUUCUUCAGGGAGCUAAGCGGACCCUAUCUCUUCCUGCACGCCCUGUGGAAUCCCGCCAUUCGCUGGCGUACGCGCACCUUUAAGCUGCACUGGGGCGGCAUCGCCUACGAGUUGCCGCUGAACAACACACCCGCCUCGGAGUCGCCGCUCAUUGCAUCACAGCAACAGCAGCAGCAGCCAGCGCCCACGUUGCUGACCGCAACGGCAGCAGCAGCUGUGACGGCGACGUCAACGUCCACAACGACGCUGGCAACCACAACGUGCUCGGGUUCGGGUUCGGGUUCAGGCUCAGGAACGGGGACGGGUACAGGAAGUAGUACGGGUGUGGUUACGACGGGAACACUGCCGAUGGCCAAGCAUCGUUUGCUGGUGUCGUAGCAGCAGCUAAAGCUAGUUACAAUUUGUUUGUUAUAUGCGUAAUUUGUACUUUAACUAGUUUCGAUUUGUUUCUUGUUUUGUUUUGUUUUUUUUUUUUUUCGAGAGAGCGACACAGCCAACUGCGAUUUGUACAACAGUAACAGUAACAGUAACAGUAACUUUAACAUCAACACAUCUUCAUCUGCAUCAAUCAGAUGGAAGUCGUAGUAGUAUUAUUACUAGCUAACAUUAACGUAAAAACCCUUUAGUCACUACAUAACUUAAGUUAGGUACGUGUAACGAUUAAGAGAAUUGGGCGCACAGACAAAUGAAAACAAAAACAUUAAACAUUAACUGUAAACAGUACACAGUACUAAGAUUAAGAAGGGGGGCCACCAGACCUUAUUUUGAUAAAUGGCAAUUGUACUUGAGCAGCAAAAGAAGAGAAUCUUCCGCUCACAGUUGCUGAUAGCGAAGGAAGGAAGGAAAGAAUGGAGGAAAGGAAGAGCGAAAACUAUUUGAUAAGUUAGUUUGUAGUUAGGUUUGCAACGUAAUGUUUGUCCAACAUUUGGUCAUGCGAUUUAGUUAGUAUUAGCAAUCACUUUUGUAUAUUUAUCUGCUGAGAUUGAUGAACGAGUUACUUAGUUAAGCUUUAGUUUUGUUUUUUUGAGUUUGAGUUCGAGAUCGAUUCGAUGUAAUUAAGUUAAGUUAAUUUAUUAUUUGUUAGCCCUACACAGAUACACUUAGUUUACUUCGUUUGUUUGCUGGAAUUACCCUUACACACAUACAUAUAUGCAUAACAUACAUAUACUAUAUUCAUUUCCUUGCUUAUCGCUCUGUAAAUAGGCUUCGCUAAACCGCCAUCGAAUAAAUUUAAUUUAAUUUAAAUAA